AUGAGGUUGAAGGAGGAUUUUGGAAGUAUUGAUGAGGAUGCGGAGGAUGGAAGUUUAUUGAUUGAGGAAACACCUCGAUUUAAUGAAAUUAGAGAGGAACCAAACCAACAUCAUCAUACAAUGUCUAUUGAUGAAUAUUCAUCUCAACAGGAUAUAGAUACUGAGGAUGAAUUAGAACACCAACAUUUACAACAAACUAUCGAAGAAUCAGAGGAUCAACAUGAUGCAGACUAUGAUGACGAUGAUGAGGAGGAAAUUGAAGAAGAACCUCAGGAAAUUAUUGAGGAAAUCAAAGACUCUAAUUAUUCAUCAACAAGAAAUAGCAAGAGCAAUUUUGAUAUGAAUAGUACAAUUGAGGAAGUUAACCUCUCGACCAUCUCAUCUACUUCAGAAGAAAACAACGAUAACAACAAACAAAAAGAAAGCAACCCACAACAACCGAACAACCUCCACACCAGCAGUAACAACUCUUCCACAAUGGUGACUUCACCCAAAGAAGGCACAAAUAAGGGUAACAAUAAUACCAAUGAGGAAGAGAGUGGUUCUCGUCCCACUUCAUCAUGCUCGAACAUUUCACUCGGGCCAAAGAGAGGCAAUCUAUCAAUUGUUGCACCUCCCAAUCCAUAUGCUUCAAUGGAUAGGAUGUCUGUAACACCAUCAACACAGAAUACACCCAAGAAUACAAGUCAACCAUCAACAGGAAGAAGUUCAACACCAACUGGGAUGAAAAAGAAAACCGUCGCUACUAGUGGCCUUACUACACUGAGUGCAACUCAUCAGGGUAGUAAGCAUCAUUCACAUUCCGAUUUUAGUCUCAAUCACGAUACAGGUGCUGCCUCCAAGUUACCUAACAUUAAAAAGAAGAAUGGGUUCAAGUUGGAUCAUCAUGAAGUUGAUAAUUCAAAACCGAUACAGAUUGUUAAUGAGAGAAGAGUCAAAUCGCCUCAGAUGGUACUUGAAAAUUCAGUUACCUCAGUCCUAAAUAAGAAAGGUCUAGGUAUAAAAAGAACAGGAGCGAUUUCAGGGAAGAUGAAACCAAGUUGGCACUCUUGUGAAAAGUUGCCAAAACCUGGAGUUAAUUCAAUUCCUCACCAAGCUAAAACAAUGGACAUCUAUGGAAGAGAGGAAAUGUGCUCUAGCCCAAAUGAAUCGCUACACCAAAAUUCUGCUGACAAUUCUCAGAGAGCUUCUCCUAAUUUCAUGACAAAGACUCAGAGAAGUGCAUUCCAGGAGAGGCUUAUUAAGGAAAAUUAUCAAAGUGUUAAAGAAGAUUCGGAAUUGUCGAAAAUACUAUUUGGUGAAAUACCAGAAGCUGAAUUUGAAGAAUUUGGGAUUGAAAGGCAAGAAUUGAAUGCUAGCAGUUUUGGAACAUCCUCUAAAAAACUCUCUCCCAUGCUCAAGACAUGGAAUGGGUUUUCAGCAAAGGACUCGUACGUCCAUUCGCUCAUGUCUACCACAAAGGAGGACAACGGGCUAAAAAGUCUCAAAUACAAUCUAGGUUCAAUGGUCUCUUACGAGAAUAAGAAAUUCAAACCACCUCUGUUAGAGGCCAUGGAAAAUUUUAUUGCAAAGGAAUUGCAUUUAGUCACCCGAGAAAUGAAGAAGGAGAAUGUGAUAAUGAAUGAGGUCGAAUAUAUUGCAGCAAAGAGUAAUGUCUAUAAGGAAUGCUUUAGAAUAUUCAUUGACCAUUCGAGAACUUAUGGACCUAUUUUGACCCAUAUUUUGGAAGAAUUUUCCACUGCAGUGGAAGAGUUGAAACUAAAGUUAACAAUGCCAAAUGAUAAAUUCAAUCAACAUCACACCAAAAGGGAGGAGGAAUCUCUCAAAAUGCACAAAGUUUACAGAGAUACCUCAAAAGAAAUUGAAAUGGUAAAACAACAAAAUUCAAAUUUAGAAAAGGAGGUUUUAGCAAUGCGAGAAAAGGAAGCUGGUUUAUUGGAGACCAUUGAAAAACUAGGUGUUGACAUUAGAAAGUACGAAAAGAGGAGAAAUGACGACAUUAAGAGAAGUAUGAUUUUGAACGAUGCCAUCCAAUACAGAGAUCUUAAGGAGACUGAAAUUAAAAGGCAACUCUCUGGGCUUCAAGGAGUAGCUCAAGAAAAGAACAAGAUUGAGCAAUUGUAUGUCGAGUCACUGCAGGAAUUGGACAAGUUAAAUAACAUGGUACCAAAGGCGGAUUAUCAAGAAGUCCUCUCGAGGAAUGACCUUCUAGAGGAAGAAUUGAAAAAUACGAAAGUUAAACUUACCCAAGAACAGAGAAUCAGCAAACUGUUGAAUGAAAAACUCAACGAGCUCAAACUGAAUAUCACCGUUUUGGAGGAGAGAAUUCUGGACCAAUCGAGAAGUUUAACCCCUAGACCAAAAUGGGAUUUGGUCCGUGACGAUUUGAGGAUUGAAUCACUCCCACUAGAUUCUAACACCAUUGAGAAUGUAAAUCAACUUGCUAACAGAGUUUCAAAAUUACAAAUACUUGUCAAGAAGCAACAAAAAGAACUUCAGGAGAAUGCCAAGGCACUCGAAUUCCUCAAAUCAGACGAUGUUGUCCGAGAAAAGGUUUACAACAAUUAUUUUAUGGGGCUCGGUACUGGACCUUCUGUUCCAAAGUACCUAAGACACAGAGGAAGAAUAAGAAACAAGAGAUUUAAAAAGAAGGAUAUCAUGGGUAUUGUUAAUGAUAUGUGGAAGGCCAGAAUGAAACAAAGAGAAGGUCCAGAAAGAUAUAAGGACACUAUAUCCGACUUUUUUGAAAGCUUUGUAACAAUGAAAGUGGGUAACAUUGGAAGCAUUAAGGCCGAAUUGAUUUAUAAUAUUGUUUUUGGAGCUGAACAUUUCACAUGGGACACAGACUGUUAUUUAUUCACAAAGAUCAUCAAGGGAGAUGUCUCCGAGUUGGUCUUUUUCGAAUUGUUCUCCAUGAUUGAACAAUUGAGAAAGAUGUUUGUCAAAUUGGAUGAAACAGAGUCUGGUAUUGCUGAUGGUACUGUACAGAAGAAGAAUGCCAACAAGCAAUUAGAAUACUUCUUUGAGGGAAAGGCUCCAGAUGAUAUUUUAAAGAUAAAGAUUGACAUGCACAAGGAUCAAAGGGAUGCUGUGGUCAAGUACGAGAGAUUGUUCCAACAAGAUAAUGAAGGAUUUGAUGGACGAUUCCUCACUACUAUCAAGAGACAGUUCAUCAGGGAAGUAGAGGAAUAUAAUAUUGAAGUAGAGGAAUGGCUUCGUGAGAAGGAGGAUAGAGAAGGAGCUCUCCCAUUGAAAAGAGUUAAGGAAAUAUUCGAGUACAAACAAGUGUGUAAGGACAAUCUAGAUAAGCUCUUGAGAUUUGGAGUUCAUGCUGAGCCUAAUGAGGAGCUCGACUUUGAGCAACACAUCAACAUUGAAGAAUUUAUGAAUAAUGUUCGAAAUAAGAUGGUCUUGAGAAGAACAAGCUUUAAGGAUGUUGGUGAGAUGAAAUUUGAAUUUGAGCUAGAAAAGCAAUUGGAAAGUAUUGAUGAGAGUACAGCAGAAACCAACAUUGAGAAGGUUCUUCAGAGUCCAAAGGGAUCAGAUACCAAAUCAUCCAUGCAAAGUCCUAGAUUUUCAGAAACUAAAUCAACAGCGAGAAGUAUACCAGAUGCGAGUACCAUAGAAAUUAGAUAUUAA